CUGGUCAUUCAUUUUGUGAUUUUAAACAUAUAUUGUUUAAAGAAAACGAUUCAUCCAGAAUCUAGUUUGUCUCUUGAUAUCAAUAAUACCACACCUCUUCGAAAAGGUCGAAUUGUCCUAAACAUUUCAUUGGCUACAUACAGGGAGGUGUAUACACAGUUUCUGAAAGAAAUGAUCAUCCAACCUGGCAUCGCCAAGGCCAACCUGGGCCUAUCCAGAGAAGACGUUACAAUGGAAGACCAUCCUCUAAAUCCGAAUCCAGAGAGCAGGUGGAAUACAUAUUUCAAAGAUAAUGAAAUUCUACUUCAAAUUGAUAAGGAUGUAAGGAGGCUGUAUCCAGACAUGGCCUUUUUUCAGCGUCCGACGGACUACCCAUGCCAACUCAUCUUAGACCCUCAGAAUGAUUAUGAGACAUUGCGUCGACGAGUGGAACAAACCACCCUGAAAGCACAAACGGUCAAUCGCAACCGCAGCGGAGUAACUAAUGUAAGU